UGUCAUUCCACUCCAUCCACCUCAUCUCGAGUAGACAUCCUUCUUUCCUACAUCAUGGCUCCUCCUCAGCCAACAUACGUUUCCUCAACGGGUCAGCUGACGACCCCGCCUAUAAGUAAGCGCGUAUACGACACCAUUAGCGACUACGCGACCAUCGCGUACCUCUUCGUCGAGACACUCGUCGCCCCCAUAGUCAACCCCAAUCCCGGGCCCACUGCACCUCGAGGCCAGCAGCCUGCCAACGGACAAGCUGCUCCUCCUCGCGGAGGCAGCGUUUUGGGCGGCAGUUGGGGGCGUGGCGGUGGUGACGGCGGAAAUGGCGGCGGGGGUGGUGGGAACAGCCGCUUCAUGUCCAUGAAUGACCUCCGCGGUGGUGACACCGUCGACUCUUGCCGAAGCGCAUGCGGAUAACUGUCACCCCUUGACCACGCCCCGCUUAACACGUUGUACCGCAAACAUGUAUACACAAGUUCCAAAGUCAUUCUACUCUGCAUCAAAUCAUGAGGGCA